AUGUGCAUCACUUCUACCAACUCAGCACUCCAUGAUGAGGAACCCAAACGCAGAGAUACCACUCUAUUAUCACAGUCCGCCACAACUACCAGUAGUAGACGACGUCCUCAGAUUGCCAGAUUUGUCUUGACCGCUGUCCAAAACCCUUUGGAGCUGAUCACUCCUUCCGGGCAGAACCAGUAUUCCCACUUUGGUGCCAAGCCAACGGUUGUGGCGUCUUUCGGCCAGGACAAUGAACCUGUAACCAAUAGAAGAAAAAGUGGCCUCCGAGUAAAGCAGAUUUUGUCGUCCAAGUAUCAUCCAGUGGUGCGCCUUGACCCCUACACGCUGCAACAACUCCAACCCACUGUGGAUCAGAGAAAUAUAUGGGCAGCUUUGCGAGGAGACGACAGCGGCAUUGCCGAAACUCCAAAGAUCUCUUGGAACUGGAAACAUCGUACAGUAGAGCUCAUGGGACUGGAAACUCCAGAUGUCAUUGAUUGGAAAACAUACCAAUUUCCAGCGCAAGACCCAGAUGAGGAGGAGAAAAAGGAUCCAUGUCAAUUGCCACAUGACUGGAUGAAACAAUCCUUUCCAACCUGCAACAAUCUGCAUUCCUUUGACAUGAUGCGUCAAUUGCUGGAUGAAGGUCGAGUGCAACCGCGCUUCUUGAUGGGAUCAGGUGCAGUGCGCUCGGUCUGGUUGUUGGAACAAACCAUUGAGACAGAUGUUCCCUUGGAACAAACUGUCCUCAAGACAUUGAAAAUAGACAAGGAUUUUGACGUCAGCAAUUCUCAUCGGCAUCGACGAGAUGCCUUGAUUUCGGAGCGAUUGACAGGAUCACCCCACAUCCUGAAUAUUUAUGGCUAUUGUGGCAACAGUGCCAUCUACCAAUACGCCAAGAGUGGGACACUCUAUGAUGCUAUCGGUGCCAAGGAGUUUCGUGAUCAAAAAGUGGACCAGGAGGCGCAUAAAAAAUGGGAGCAGUGGACAAGUCAACGCAAAUUGGAUGUAGCAUAUCAGGUAGUAUCUGCUCUGGCGGAUCUGCAUGAUAUUGAUCAUGACGGAAUCACUUCUGUGGCACAUGAUGAUUUUGAUAUUACGCAACUAGUCAGCACAGAUGAAGGCAAAACCUUUCAAUUGAGUGAUUUUAAUGGAGCACCAUUUGUAAAAUGGGAUGCUGCCAAGAAACAAACAUGUCCCUUUCGUCCUCUCAUGAAGGGGGGCAAAACUCGGUCCCCUGAAGAGUAUGAUACCAAUAUAAAGUAUGUCACAGAAAAGAUUGAUAUCUUUGCCCUUGGCAAUAUCUUGUACACCAUUGUUGAAGGGCAAUAUCCAUUUCACAAUCUUUCCCCCGAAGAGUCCAUAGACAAUGUCAUGAAUGGGCACCAGCCACACAUCCGAGAAUCAACCUUGAAGAACAAGGACCCGAACAUCAAGGUUCUGCUACAGGCAAUGAAUGCAUGUUGGGUGUGGGAUCCAAGAAGAAGGGCAACUGCCAAGGAGGUGCAGAAUAUCCUCAAAACACGAGUGGGGAAUAAUCUAUCUCAUACAAGGUUGCCAUAA